AUGUCUCAAAGGGAAUGGACAACAGCAUCUACAAGCGAUUUAAUGUCGAAUUUAUUAAACAAUCAUAAUUCAAAUAAUAGUAAUAAUAAUAAUAAUAAUAAUAAUAAUAAUAAUAAUAAUAACAAUAACAAUAAUGAUAAUAAUAAUAAUAAUAAUAAUAAUAAUAAUAAUAAUAAUAAUAAUAAUAAUAAUAGCAAUAACCAACCAUUAUUAAGAAAUGCAAGUACAAAUAUCUUUUUUGGUGACGACUGGACUAAACAGAAUACAGUUGGUUUAUUAUUAGACCCGUUAAAUAGAGGUACAAGUUUUUCAAAUUUAUUAAAAUCACCAACAAUAUUAGGUGAUACACAACAAUCACAACAACCACAAUCUCAACACACCAUGCAACAAUUAUUUGCAAAUGACCCAACAUAUCAACAACAUCAACAAGAACAAGAACAACAACAUCAAAUGAUGGGAAAUACAACAUCACCAAAAUCAUUUAACCCAUAUGUUGGUUUAUCACAACCAAUGAUUGUAACUAAUACUGGUAAUUUUAAUACAACAACAACUACUACAACUACAUCAAAUAAUAAUAAUAAUAAUAACAAUAACAAUAACAAUAGUAAUAAUAACAACAAUAAUAAUAGUAUGAAUAUUAAUGCAAAUACAUAUGAAGAUGGUGAAGAUGAACCAAAAACACCACCAACACCAUCAAAUGAACCAAUUAAUUGGGAUAUGCCAAAUUAUAGACAAAAUACAGCAUCAUUCCAUGCAGAUAUUAAUAUUAACAACACUACAAAUUCACACCCAACUACAUUAUCAUCGAUGAUGAAGAAUGAAAUACCAACAUAUAGCGGUCAAGUAUCAAAUGAAUAUGAACAACCAACUAAAUUCCAAAGAAUUUCAACCUACAACGAAGAAUCAUUAAAUGAUAGACUUAGAGGCGAUAACACAGGUAGCAUUAAUUUCUUACAAGCUGAAACAUCUAAACUCAGAUCACGUCAAUCCUCACAAGAUGAUCUCGAAAGAAAUAGAUCAUUCCAAAUGACUCAUUACGACACUGGUUGUGUACCAAUCAGUACAGAUUAUUAUAAUAGUCUAUUAACACGUUACAAUAAUAGACCCGAAUUCUUUGAGCGUGCAAAAGAAAAUCAAAUUCAAGUUAUCAAUAAUAAUAAUGUUCAAUUAGCUAUUGAUCUUCAAAAUAUUUAUACUUCAAUGAAAAAAGAUAUUGAUGAAGAAAAUAAUGAAUUAAAAAAUUUAUUAACAAUAAGAAUUUUAGAACCAUAUGAUUUAAGAAAGAUUAGAGAAUGUUUAGAAGGAUUAAAAUCACAUCUUAGAAUUGUUGAUGUAUUAUAUAAUGAAUUAAAAUAUGUUUUGAAUAGAAAGAAACCAGAAUGUUGUGCAGCAUUGAUUAUAACACAACAACCCUAUUCUCAAGUUAUUUUUAGAGGAGGAAAAGGUAUGGGAGAAAUAUUUAAGGUUCAAAUGAUAUUUGGUGUACUUCAACCCGACAAUAUCUCACCAGUUUAUGCAACCAUAAACAAGAGUGAGAGCAAUCCAAAUUCAACAACCAAAAAGGAAAAACCAACUACUACACCAACAUUAGAGAAUGCAGAGGCAAGUUUAAACACUCAAACUUGGGAAGCCGAAUUUAAGAAUAUCAAAGUGAACGUAUCAACUCGUAUGACACCAUCGAGUUUGAAAUUUGUUGCAACCUACAAAGAGAAAACAUCUGGUAAAACCGUUGAAAAGGAUGUCGAAAGUGUGCCAGGUAGUCCGAUCAUUGUUAUCACCAAUGAGUCACAAUGGGCAGAAGCAGCAGGUAAACUUUUAAUAGCGGAUGCAUUUGCACAUCGUGAUGAAAUCACAUGGGAAAUGUUUGCAAAUGUACUUCAUAGUCACAUUUUAACAGCAACUCAUCAAACUUCAGAGAUUAAAAGAAAACUUCAUUCUUGGGAAUUUGAAUAUAUUCAAAAGAAUUAUUUCGAUGGUAAGGUUACAGUUAGCAAAUCAGAGUGUAAAACAUUUUGGGAUCGUUUUGGUCCAAUCCUUCAAACUAUUCAUUUCAAAAGACAUAUUGAACCAUUAUGGUAUAGCGGUUUAAUCUAUGGUUUAAUCACAAAGAGCGAAUGUAAUAGUUAUUUAACAACACUCCCCGAGGGUUCUUUCCUCAUUCGUUUUAGUGAUAGUGUACCAGGUGCAUUUGCUGUUGCUUAUGUAACAAACGAUGAAAGUGACCGUGUUAAACAUUAUCUAGUCAAACCUGAUGAUAUUGGUGCAAAUAAAACUUUACCAGACUUUCUUCGUGAACGUCAUCAAUUUAAAACACUUUAUCAAGUUGAUCCUUCAAAGAGAUCUUUACAUCCAAAAUCAAAAGAUGCAGAGUUAGAACCUUAUUAUUCAAAAAGACUUAAACAACAACAAACUAACCCUGGUUAUGUUUCUUUAUAA